AAAAAUAGUAAAUCAUAAAAAUGCAUUUUAUAAUUUUUUUACUUGUGACGAGCAUUCAAACAUGGAAUAUAGUUGGUGAUGGUAAUUCGGACUGCAUUUAUGAUAAUUCCUAUGGUUUACCUGAUAAGUAUACAGCUUCAGGAAUUCUUGCAUUUGGUGAUUCCAUGCUUGAUACAGGCAACAAUCUCUAUAUACCAUUAACUCCUUUAAAGUCCAAUUUUUGGCCAUACGGUGUCGAUUUUACCGUGACAUAUCCGUCCGGCAGGUUUUCUAAUGGAAAAAUACUGCCCGAUUUUUUAGCAACAUAUUUAGGAGUAUGUCCCCAAACCGGUAUUAUUUUACCUCAUUUAAGUCCAAAUAUAAAAUCUCUAAAUAUUCUAGAUGGAUUAUCUUUUGCUUCGGCGGGCACAGGAUACGACAUUUUAACAACCACUUUAAAGUCAUCUAUAUCAUUAGAAGAUCAAAUAAAAAAAUUGGAAGAUUUUAAUGUGACGAUGACCAAAGCAUAUGGUGCAACGACAAGAGAGAGUUUCUAUAUCAAAGCCAUAGCUUUUGUGUCAGCAGGCACUGAAGAUAUUAUCAACUAUUUUCCUACAAGUUCCAGGAGUGUCCAAUAUAAUAUUAAUGCCUAUACUGAUCUUUUAGCACAAACUUCCUUUAAUUUUGUCAAAAAUUUAUUUGAUAAAGGAGUAAGAAGGAUCGGAGUUUUUGGAGUACAGUCGACCCUCUGAUAAUUAAUACAUAUGGUGGAUCAAAAAUUUAUUAAUUAUUAGAAUUAUUAAUUUAUUGAAUUUGUAUAAAAAAAUUAUAAAAGAUAUUUUAAAGCAUCUA